AGUUGUGAUCUAGAAUCUGUGGUCUGUGGUUAGGUUAGAAUUUUAAAAGUUAUCAAAGUUAUAAAAUAAACUGAAAAUAAAUAAGCAAAUAAACAGUAAAUUUGUGCAGUAAAUACAAAUUUCUACUUAGGAUGUUUUGUGCUUAGGAAUUAUCAAGAUCAAGAAUAAGAUCACCAUUUUAUUUCAUGGAUAAAAACAAAGUUUUGGAUGGCUAUCUGGAAAGACGUCAUUUCUUAAACAACAUUAAUUUGUCAAGUGUUCCUGACUGUUCUUGUAAUUUUCUCAUAGAAUUUUCCAUGGAAUUCUCUAUUCUCUAAAUGUAAAAAAUGGCUGAUCCGUUGAGUUUACUUCGUCAGUACAACAUAAACAAAAAGGAAAUUAUAGAACGAGAUGGCCAAAUUAUAUUCGGAGAAUUUUCCUGGCCAAAAAAUGUUAAAACUAACUAUCUUAAGUGGUCAGGCAAAAAUGUGGCUAGAAAAGAAUAUUAUACCUUGGAAUGUUUGUUAUUUCUUUUGAAAAACUUGUCCGUUAUUCACCCUGUGUAUAUACGUAGAGCAGAUGCAGAAAAAAUACCUGUAGUACGUAGACCUGACAGAAAGGAGCUACUAGCAUAUCUUAAUGGGGAAACGGCAAGUUGUCCAGCAAUCAAUAAGAGCGCCCAUUUUGAACUGCCUACUCAGAUUAAAAGGUCUACAGAUUAUGAUGAACCAGAGAGUAUUGCAAAAAAGCGUCGUUUUGAGGAUACCCAUCUGCAAAAAGUUGGAGAAAAACCGUCUGCACGUUUGGACGCCCCAAAAGAAGAAUCUCUCACUGUUUAUAAUAUUAAAUCUCUUUCUGAAGUUAUGUCAGUAGAAAAAAUUGCUGAAAUCAAAGCCAAAUGUUUGGCCAAUAAGAGAAACGCUAUUAAAGGUAUUUGUGCAAAAAGUUAGAGAAAAAUUGGCUGUGCGUUUGGACUAAUCUAAGGUUUGGACGCCCCAAAAAAAGCCUCUGCCCAUUUGUUGUCAACUUUCCCUGUACAAAUAUGAUGUAUUUCACUAUACAAUUCCAUGCCAGUGUGUUACUGCUGGAUAAUAUUUCGAAAAUUGGCACUUUUAUGCAGUAUUAUUUAAGAAAUGAGCUCGAAACUUUAUGCUACAUGAACUAUCACAUUUAAGAAUGCAGAUUUUCAAAAUAUUGUCCAGAAUUUGUUGAAUCGUUAUUAUGUAGUCAGACUACGAUGUUCUUAAAGACUAUUGUUAUAGAUAGUCUUAUAGAGUUCAUUUAU